AUGCUAGGCGGUGGAGAGGUCAUUGGCGAACUUCAGAUGUCGUGGGAUGAGCUGCUCGAUUAUGGAGAUGAGCCAUUUGAUUUAUCCUUCCCACCCGUGCGCGGUGUUCAUCCUUCCAUCAAGCUAAAGGCCGCCAUUGUACAUGCUUGCGACGGUCAGGAUGACGAACUGUUUGAUUCCCUCGUAGACUGCGAGAUUGCUCGAGACAGAGAUGCAGGCCACGCACAAUUGGCCGUAUACAUGACAAGCGAGAACGUCUCUGACCUGAACGACACUGUAGAGCACUUUCAGUUGGUUCUGGACCAGUGUCCGAGCGUUCGAGGUCGCAUCCAUGUUCCGAAAACCAACAUUCAGACACCAACCAUUUUCUUGUCUUGA